ACGCUACACACACUAACAUCACAGUAGCCGUCGCUUGUAUAAAGGAGGGUGUUUGGAGGACUGUCAAAACAGACACAAUUUGACAAGCUAGCAGAGAACUCCAACACUGAGUAAUACAUACAAAGAACCCAAUGAUCGUGUUCCCCCAAACAUGCUUAUCUUAGUCACAUCACCAUCAAGGGAACUGCAUCCACUCAACAUUGACAUGGAGGACAACAGAAGAAAGCAGACAAAGGGAUGCGACUUGAGGUCCCGACUACAACGCAGAUCUUCCCAUGCCCCUAACACUGAACGACUUAGUACUGAGGAAAUUAUCCUGUGGUCCCAGUCUUUGGAGAGACUUCUCACAUCAAAAUAUGGCAUGGCAACAUUUCAGGCCUUUCUGAAAUCAGAGUUCAGUGAUGAGAACAUUGAAUUCUGGCUGAUCUGUGAAGACUACAAGAAGAUUAAGUCCUCCUUCAGGCUGUCCUCCAGGGCCAAGAAGAUCUACAAGACAUACAUUGAAGCUGAGGCUCCGAAAGAGAUCAACAUUGACCACAAGACCAGAGAUCUCAUCGGGCAGAAUGUGAAGACGCCCUCCACAGUUUGCUUCGACGAGGCCCAGAGGAUUGUGUACAGCCUGAUGGAGAAAGACUCCUACCCCAGGUUCCUCAGAUCCAACAUCUACAGGACCCUAUUGGACUCCGCAUCAGACUACACAAAGAUGUGAAUGAAUACCGAUGAUAGAAACUGAACUGAGGCUUCCAACAAUGGACUGCAAUGUUUCACAGCCAGGGAGCUUCUUACAAACAGGAUUCAUAAGAAGAUGCUUCCGAGUGUGAAUUAUACUGGGUACAGAUGUACGAGGCCUAAGGGAAUGCUGGGAGGAACAUACAGAAGUGACUGUGCUGGCAAGCCUUCUUGACAUUUGUGUUUAGUCUAUGUGCUUUCACUUGAAAGAGGAACAUAUGUCACAUAGAAGGGGACUAAAGAGAUCAUAGAAAUAAAGUGUUGAUUCUAUUUCUAUGACAGAGACAUGGUGGUGUCAGGGGAUUACCAUGCAUGGCAUGUUAUUGCUAGGGACUUUCUGUGUCAAAGUUCCGGGGAUGUUUACUAUGUAGGAUCUAAACAGUCAGGGCUGUAACUGUAUGAGAAGGUAUCUGCAGUUGCACAUAAUCUGCAGGUCAUCAGUUGAGUUAUAAGGCAUUUGAUAAAAUAAUCUACUAAAUUUGACUUUUUUUUUUAAGCCACAAUUUUAGAAUGGGUAAUUUUGUUUACUUUAACACAAUGAGGCAUGUUUGUGAUGUAAGCUUUAAAAAAUAACAUUAUGGAGAAUUGAUUUUGUGAAGAAAAAUGCUGUCGAUACACUGGAUAUUUGUGAAAAAUUCAGAUUUCUAUAGGUGUAUUUAUAAAAUGGCCCAUGGUUUCCAAAUU